UAUCCUUACCUAUAUCAGAUUGCAGGGAACGAAAUCCAUUACAGCAGCUCUCUUUGGAAAUUGAAACAAAAUCUUUGGGGGAUGCAUGAAGACACUUAGUUUCUCGCUCGUCUUAGUUGUAGCUCAUUGUUCAGCAUGUUGUAAAGGCCAACAGAGUCAAUUUCAUUCAUUUAUUCUUAUCACACUCGUUUUAAAAAUAUGUACUCGUACACAUAAGUCAAAAGUAUUUUGAUGUGUUUCAUACAGUCAGCACGUACGGUCAGGGCCGGCCCGAGGGGUCGUGGGACCCUAGGCAAGAUCAUGAAUAUGGACCCAUUGAUGUAAAAACUCUCAUAGCACUGGAAUUUGGACACAGGCAUGACAGCAGCCUCUUGGGAAGUGGAUUCAGCUCAGUCCAAUCAUUCUCUGUUUAACUUUAGCAGUAGCUUCAGUAGCACUGAGACUGUCCUGUGGCUGCUGCCCUCCCAGAACAGCACCGAGGUGACAUGGAGCCCCACCCCUCAGCCAGGCACAGCCAGGGUACGGGACCAGGCUCUGGCACAGGCUGAGAUUGGAGUGCUUAGCCUGGUGCUGGCACUUACCACUCUGAGCAACAGUUUUGUGCUGUGGGUGCUGCUGCGCAAGAGAAAGAACCACGCACCCAUGCACCUAUUCAUGAUCAACCUGUGUGUGGCUGACCUUGUUGUGGCCUUCUUCCAGGUGCUGCCGCAGCUGCUGUGGGAUAUCACAGAGCGCUUCCAGGGCCCCGACGCUCUGUGCCGCUUUGUGAAGUACUUGCAGAUUGUGGGCAUGUUUGCUUCUUCGUACAUGAUUGUGGCCAUGACAGUGGACCGCCACUAUGCCAUCUGCUGCCCUCUUCAAGCAUACCGUGGAGGCAAACCAUCGCGCUGGAAUACACCCAUCAUGGUGGCCUGGGGCCUGGCCCUGGUACUCAGUUUACCACAGAUGUUCAUCUUCUCACGGACUGAAGUGUUGCCGGGAGAGUUUGAGUGCUGGGGCCACUUUAUUGAGCCAUGGGGCCUCAAAGCCUAUGUCACCUGGAUGACUAUAGCUGUCUUCAUUCUACCAGCCCUCAUCAUCACAGUCUGUCAGGUGCGUAUAUUCAGAGAGAUCCACGACAAUAUCUACCUGAAGUCAGAGAAAAUGGUGACAGCAGAGUUUAAGAGGAACUCUGUGGUCUUCCAUUUCCCUCAGAAAGAAGGACAUCAUGGGAGGUCUAGGAGACACAGAGACUCCCAAGGCAGCCAUAAUCAUCAGACGGACAUCCACGGAUGUCAUUGCAGUAACUCCGCCCCUACAGACCUUCAGAAUUCAUAUGAUGAUCUAUCCAGCCCUGAGCCAUUCGGAAACUCCUCAUAUAACCCCUGUGAUCCCUGUGACCCCUGUUCUGUACCCCUCCCGCCCACAGAAUUCUCCUCAUGUACCAGUGCCCCCUUAGAGAAAUUCACUCCUGAUUCCUCUGAUCCAUCUCACGCACAUACCCUGACUGCAAAUAACGUAUGUUCUCAGUCCAGAGCCUCAUCUUCACUGGCUGGCCAACUUUCAGGAACUCCUGAACUCUGGCCAGAUGUGUUACCAGAUCUUCCCCCGCCGCCUCCCCCUGGCAUUUCUAAGGCCAUGUCAAAGACAGUGAGGAUGACUUUGGUCAUAGUGUUGGUCUACACUAUCUGCUGGUCUCCUUUCUUCAUCGUCCAGCUGUGGGCAGCCUGGGACCCAAACCCUCCAGACCAAGGAGUAGCAUUCACCAUUCUGAUGCUGCUGGCUAGCUUGAACUCAUGCACAAAUCCCUGGAUCUACACAGCUUUUUCCAGUAGUGUGUCACGCGAGUUGCUUGCUCUGCUGCGCUGCUACGUGCCCACUCCACGCCGUGGCUCACUGCCCGACGACUCCACCACCACACACACCUCAACGACCACCAAGGACAGUAUCUACUAACAUGCACACAAGCACACAUGGAUUAACCACCAGAUUCAAAUCCAUCACCCUUUCCAGUGCCCACAAUGCUUGAAAGAGCAGUACCCCAUGGGGAGCAAGCAUCAUGAAGUAGGAACAUUAUAAGCUCAGUAAUGUGAAUGUACGCAGUGGAACAGACUUUUGUGUAUGUAUGUGUGUGAAUAUACAUGUGUGUGUGUGUGUGUGUGUGUGUUGGGAGACAGGUCAAGAAUAAGCUGUAAGAAUGUGAGACAUUGCCAGAUUGCUAAACAGGAAGACUACUCCAGUCUGGUUGAGGACCAGCCAAAGAGCAGAUACCAAUGUUUGGAACGGAACCAUGAUUGAGAAUAUUGUAGAAGCAGGCGCAUCCAACAUUGCCAAACAGAUUAUUUCAGGAUUGUGUUAAAUUAUUUCAUUAUGUCAGUAUUAACUUUAAAAGAAAUGCUGGAAUGGAGAAAAAACUAGAGCUGUGUAUUCAUUACUGCAGUGAGAGACGAAGAUCUUCUUAAAACUGAAAAAUUACAUCUUGAGAAUGAUGGACUUUAACUCAAGAGGUGGAUAUUGUUAUUUGAAAAGAAAAAAAAAGGUUCUACAUCCAUUUAUUCUGGACUGCCAGGGCAAUUUAUUUCAGAACUAGUGGAGUAUACCCGUUACUUGUUUAUAUGAGUUCCCUCGCUUGGUACUGAUAGCAAAGUUGUCACCUUGUGCACAUGACUGUUACCCUCACAUCACUCUCAUCCUUUUUUCCAUCCUCAUCUUGUUUGUGUAGUUGAGGAAGUGGAUUCAAAGUGCUAUGUAAAUACUACUGGCUGUUGUAUAUCUUUC